CUUGCUUUCUCGGUCGUUGGUCAGUCGCAAACUGAAUUUCCAACUCGGAACACGUAAAACUGUAUCGCUCUAGAAAAGCGCCUCAGAGCAAAGUAAUAAAAUCGUUCGGGGAGGAAAAUAAAACAUUCGCUUUUUUUCGUUCGGGGGAAUCUGGAAUGCGGUAGAGCAAGGCUACCCUCAGAAGAAGUGUGACCGAACGUUGAGAUAAAAGUAUCGAUUUUUGCCAUUCACCGAUUGCCAUUGGCAGCGAACUGAAAUAGUGAUUGUGGAGUGCUUAAGCUGCGAAGUGACAUUUUGAUAAAUAGUGGAUUUGCGGAAGGGCGUCUCGAAGAACUCGGUGCCAAGAAACGUGUUUCCUAUUAAAUUGUGAUACAUUUCUCCUAGUGAACGACAGAGAGAUUGAGGAGGAAAAAUGAAAGUGGUAAACAUCAACAGUGUGAAUCAUCAGCAUCACUUGGACGGGCUGCAGGCGACGCUGAUGGAGGAUCCCAUCACUCCGAAAGCGACCUCCGAUGUGGGAGAAGCUGCGAUGAUGGGUCAAGACACUCCGGGAGGUGAAUCGCAUGGGGGAGGUGGAUGCUGCUCGGGAAUCGUUCUGCCAUCGAGCCAAUCGAAAACCAAUCAAAUCCAAGCCCUGCUCGAACGACACGAAAAUCCCCAGUCGGUUCCAGUGGCAGCUACAGCGGCCAGUAAUCCCUCACCAUAUUCCAUCACAGCCGUAUCGAAGCUCCUAAAGAAUCUAUACCUCUGCGGCGGAAGUGCAGCCACGGUGCCCACAAUGCAGCAACUUGGCGUCACGCUGGUGAUCAACGCUACGACUGAAUCGGAACUUCCAAACACUCCAUUGCCCUGUGAUGAAACUGGUUAUCUGCGGGUACCGGUCAAGGAUAGCCGCGAAACGGACCUGGACCGAUACUUCAACGAAGUGGCCGAUCGUAUUGAAGAGGAAUCCCAACGCAACGGCAUAACCCUCGUUCACUGCGUAGUCGGAGUCAGCCGGUCGGCUUCCCUGUGCCUAGCCUACCUUAUCAAGUACCAUCGGAUGAGCCUGAAGGACGCCUACCAGCACGUGAAAGCCCGGCGACCCCAAAUCCGACCCAACGUAGCCUUCGUCAAACAACUGAUGGAGUUCGAGUUCAAACAGACCGGUCGCCGCUCCGUGUCCCUCGUGUACUGCCAUUCCCUAGACCAGGAACUGCCGGACAUCUACGAGCCGGAGUUUCGCACCAUGGAAAUGCUGUACCACAAGUUCCGGCGGAAUAUUGCUCGUCGUUAGGAGCUAACGGAAGCUCAUGCGAUCCAAUCCGAUUCCUCUGUUCGUAAAAUGAUCUGUAUUCGCCACGUAAGACACAGCACAGGACGCAACGUUAAUGUCGACUGUAGGCUUAAUGAAGACAAGUUCAAAUAUUUAAUCGCGCUGAUUAUUAAAACUAGGUACUGGAAUGAUGUGUUUUCACUUCACACAAGUAUUGAUACUAAUUAUGUAUACUAAGAGUAAAGAUUGCUAGGUUAAGGUGUCAACCGUUUUAAUACUGUUAGAAAAUAAAUCGCACUUACUAUAAGAAUUUCGGAAAAAAUCGGUGAAACUAAUGCGAUUUUCUAUGAAAUUUGAUCGAUCUUCGGUAAACUUUUACCACACUUCAGUAGAACUCAUUACUAAGAGUUAAGCGGUGUAAAAUUCGAUAAUAAAUCGGCAAAAUAGAAUAAAUUGCCUAGCUAUUCAAUGUUUGGUAAAAAAAUCGACAAAAAAUUGGAGCUCUUUCUUUUAUUCAAUAUUGUAAUUAAAAAAGGGUCCAAAACCGUUUAGAAGAAAUGUCUUCGUAAUAUCGCAGAAAUGCUAGUUUUAAAGGUAAUUUCUUUCGAAAAAACUAAGACACAUAAAUUCGGUGUGAUUUUUGUGAUAAUCGAUUUAUGUCUCCAAAUCAGUUUCGACAUCUUUCUAACAGAUAUCUCUAUCUAAGUUCGUUAAAUCUAGAAUGUUAAGAGAAUGCAUGUAUUUGUUUAUGAGAACACAAUUCAAUAAAGGCAUAUUAUGAAAAAAUGUA